GACUGCUGUCAGUCCGCAACUUGGCACGGCGGUAGCGCGUUUAUCCGUAUACGAAUAUAAUCGGUUUAAUCGCGUUAAAAGCGGAAAGGCAGACUUUCGUCCCUUUGGUUUCUUUACCGUUUUUUUAUUUUUCUUUUUUUUUUUUUUUCUUUUCGAUUUCUCUUUUCAGUUUUACAUUUCGUUUCCGAUUUGAUUUCCCAAUUGAUCGUUCGAUACGAAUUUGUAAAAAAAAGUCAUCGAGGAGAAAGAUCGUUAUCGAAAAUUUGACGAAAAAAAAAGAAUAUCGCGUUUUUUGUGAUCCGAUCGAUAGAAAUCGUCGUGAUUAGCGACUCGUCGUCGUGCCCGAUUAUUACAACCUUCAACGUUUAAAUUUAUCGAACAAUAUUUAAUUUAUUCGAGGAAACUUGGCAAAAAAGACGUGAUCUUCACGAAGAGAGAAAAGGGAAUUUUUUUUUCCGUCGAAGAAAUUUUGAUCAGCAGUGACAGCACGGAAAAAGAGCAGUGUGUGUUCGAUUGUUAAGGAAAGACGAUUACGUGAGAUACAUAAUUGCCUGUCGUCGGCCGAUCGUCCGAAACUCGCUUAUUUCGUCCUGAAACUUUACAUUUUUACGAUCUCAAGAAGAUAUAUUGCAAAGGUUUUCUCGACAAAAAGCAAGAAAAAUGUCGAUUUUAAUGCAAUACGUGGAUCGAUUCCACGAGAUACUUGACAAACAUGCAGAUCAGAGAACAACGAAUUGGUUUAUGAUGAGCUCACCAUUUCCUACUCUGUUUAUCUGCUUGAGCUACGUAUAUGGUGUAAAAGUUUUAGGGCCAAAGCUGAUGGAGAAUAGGAAACCAUUUCAAUUAAAAAAUGUCCUAAUAGUUUAUAAUCUAUUCCAAAUGGUGUUCUCAGCGUGGCUUUUCUACGAGAGUCUGAUGGGCGGAUGGUGGGGCCAUUAUAGUUUCCAUUGCCAACCUGUGGACUAUAGCGACAAUCCAAUCGCGAUAAGGAUAGGAAUGUCCGGAUGGCUGACUGGCGACUAUUCUCUAAGGUGCCAACCCGUAGACUACAGUGAUCGACCCCAAGUACUAAGGAUGGUGCACGCUUGUUGGUGGUAUUAUUUCUCCAAAUUUACGGAAUUCAUGGACACGAUCUUCUUUGUAUUAAGGAAGAAGAACGAUCAUGUGUCAAUAUUGCACGUUAUUCACCAUGGUUGCAUGCCAAUGUCAGUGUGGUUUGGCGUUAAAUUCACACCAGGCGGUCAUUCCACUUUCUUCGGACUCUUGAACACGUUCGUUCAUAUAGUGAUGUACACGUAUUACCUGUUGGCCGCGAUGGGUCCAAAAUUACAACCGUAUCUCUGGUGGAAAAAAUAUUUGACCGUCUUCCAAAUGAUCCAAUUUGUCGCGGUAAUGAUCCACGCGUUCCAAUUACUCUUCAUCGACUGCAAUUAUCCGAAGGCGUUCGUCUGGUGGAUCGGUUUACACGCGACCAUGUUCUUCUUCCUGUUCAACGAAUUCUAUCAACAAAGCUACCAGCAAAAGAAGAAGAGGAAACAACAAACAAUCACGAACGGGAUGAAAAAAGAUCAUCAGCAAAAUCAUCAAACGAACGGCAUGACGAAUGGAUCGACGGGCAAUUCGUCCGGAAGAAGAGACGCGGCCGAUUAUUACGUGAAAGGCGACAGCCUAGCCGCCUCGGAGCUCAAUCUUAGGAAAUCGUAUACAACGACCGAGUGACCCGAUCAUGCUACUACGUAGCCAUCAUCAAAUUCAUCUCGUCUUUUCUCAUCGAUUCCUCGAGUCGCAUCCGGGCUUCGUUCCUUCGCCCUUCCAUUCUAAUGAUCCUUCGGGUUUCGAAGUGGUGGAAAACAUUGAGUACAAAAUUGCAUCUGCGAUCCGCGAGAUUUGCGCGUGUAUUCGUGAAAGGAGAUAGAAAGUAAGGGGGAAAAAGAGAGAAGUGAUAUAUAUAUAUAUACGAUACGAAUUCAAUGUACAAAGGUAGUCCCGGAUGUGUUUACGACUCCAAUGUCACGGAUCCCUGGCCCUCGUGAUUCAGGUAUUCGUGAUCCUUUUUUUCGGUUCGCUGUAUGUACAUUUACCAUGCCCGUGAGAGCAAGAGAGAUAAUUUCGUCGCCGAAUCGAUCCUCUCCCUCUCUCUCUCUCUCUCUCUCUCUCUUCGAAUGCGAGAAAGAAAAAUGCCGCCGUCUAAUUGUAAUUCGCAUUUGCAAAGUUUUGAUUAAGAUCGAGGACAUAGGAGAAAAUUAACAAAGUGUUCAUAAUGUACAUCGUUGUGAUAAUUUAUAGCUAUAUAUUACUAAUACAGAGUGAUUGAUAAUCGAGGAAUGAUAAUUGAUUUUUUUUUCUUUUUUUUUUUUUUCGAUCGACCAUAAUUAGAAAUUCGACAAGUUCAAAUAUCAAAAAAUAUCUUGCAUCUUCGAGACAAGUAACGAGUAAUAAUUCUCACACUUUGUCGAACAAUUUUUUUUUUUCGGGUUAAUAAAUUUUACCCGAGUUUAUUGUAAUCUCAUAUUUUCAACAUUGGAUUAUAAACAUUGUUAAAAAUCAUUUUUCUAUUUACAUAAUAGUUCAAAUAUAUACUACCAAGACGAUAGCAAUCCGCAAAAUGUUUUUACUGUCAUCGGUUUACGCGCGGUUCUAAGAUUAUAUAAAAACAAGGAAUUAUAUAAGGGAGUCUUAACGGUGAGUCUUGGAUUAAAUUAUGUAACAAUGCCAGCGACCGUAUUUUAUUAUAUAAUUCGGGAAGAUCUCUUUUGCAUUUUACCAGGAUCCCGCGAGUAUUAGAAAAUUCAUACUUUAUUACUUAUUCCAGAACUCGUGACCUUAAUUGGGCCGAUCUAUGAAACACAAUCUACGCACUUUCAUGCCAAGUUUCAUGGUUAUAUAAAUGCCGCGGAAACUGGGUUUAUAAAUUCAUACCCGUAUAUACAAUGAAUCGUCCAACAUUAGAAUGUAAAAUUUCUCCUAGUUUGUUUUUUUUUUUAAUUUGAAUAUUUUAUAAUUAAAGAGAAGCAAGAAUGUGCCAAUUAUAUGAAAAAACAAACUUUGCAAUAAAAAAAAAAAUCUUCUAUUCAGGGGUUAUAACCAAGUUAGAAAAGAAAGGAAAAAAUUUUUCAUAUUAAAAUAUUAUAGGAGAAAUUUUAAAUUCUGAUGUUAAUGACUCAUUCCUUAUACAUAUAUAUAUAUAUAUAAAAUGAAAUUUUAUAAAUAUUAAAAAUUGCAAGAAGAACAUUAUAAUAUGAUAAUUAAUGCAACGUGUAUUUUUAUAAACAUUUUUUGAUUUGAGUUUUUUGAUCACACAUCAUGCCUUAUGAUUUUAAAUAUAUUUUAAAUAUUCGAAAUUUUGCGAAUCUUUUAUUUUCGCAAUAUAAUAUAAAGGGUAUUUAUUCAUAAAUUAUUAUUGCUUAAAAAAUUAUUAUUUUUUACUACAAUAUAAGACGUUGGCGAAUACACAUUCGAUUUUGAGAGACAUUUUAUCUGCGCGGUAGCAGUACACACAGUGUAACAUAUUCAUUGUACAUAAAAUACAUCACCUAUUUGAUAUGUUCGGCUCAAAAGCCAUUCGGUUGAAAUUGAAGUAAAAAAAAAAAAAAAAAAAAAAAAAGAUAAAAGGAAUAAUAUGUAUGCGAAUAAAUUAAGAAAUUGUACAAAAAAUUGUUUAAGCUAUAAAAAUUGAUCAACGAAGGAAAUAAUUGAGGAUGCAUAACAGAUAUUAUAUUGUAUAUUUGUAAGAUUUUUCACUGAUUGGCUUUUAUGCCGACUAUAUCAUUAUAGGCAUCGCGAAGUCGCGCAAAGCUAAGGAAACUCAUUAUUAUUAAUUACCGUUCGAAUCGUUCAAUUUUUGAGAAAGAACAAUAAGAGUAAUGUCAUUCGUGCCUUGUGAGCAAACUGAUGUGCCUUAAUAUCUAGAAUGUUCUGAUCUGUCAGCAAAAAAUUCAUCAAAAGCAGAGAAAUCGCGUUUUUUAUACCGUGUAACACAUGAUCACGUUAAUUGUUAAAGCUGUGAUUAUUUCGUAUAUCACUUGUAAUCUAGACAUUAAGGUUUCAAUUUCUCAGAACGCGUUCAUCAAAACAAGCCGAAAAUUAAACCAAGAGAGAUUUUUUAUAAUUUUUUUUGUACGUGAAAUAAUAUUAUAUUAUAGGGUUAAAUUGUUGAUCAAAUUUUCCAAAAGAAAUCAUCGUUGUUGAAAUUAUUGUUAGAAUCUAAGAAGAAUCUAUUGAGUAUUUAUUAUAUUUUCUAGUUACAAAGUUUCCUAAUUCCACGUAUAAAUUUAUUCUCUAGCACAUACUUCUAUUUUUCUAAAAACGAAUGCUUGUAAUCCGUGAGAGAUCUGUGACAAAGAUCAUUCUAUAUAUAUUACACGAAUCAAAUGUUUUUCCGAAAAAAUGUAAAAAUUUUUUUGCAUGCCUCGCAUAUAUUUGCACAAUUUGUAACAUUUUCAUCGAUACGAUUGCUCACACGAUUUUUUUUCUGAAAGAGAGAACGUCAAAACGUCUUUGUUUUAAGAAAUUACAUUUGUACAUUUACCUAUAAAAUUAUAGAGCAAUUAAGACAUGAUUACCGAACUUUGUACCACAGUAAGAUAAUUGGAUAGUAUAAUGAUACGAUUGGUUCGCACAAAAUGUUCACUUUGUGUUUCGUUCGCUUUGCACGUUUCGUAUACCUUGUACAUAGAUAGGAUAGUUUUGUACUGUCAUAAGAAAAAGAAGAAAAAAUUGAAAAUAAUCACGUAAUUGUGCCACGCGAGAAAAAUCGAAUAAGCGAAGAAGAAUUCGAAAGAGAAGAAAUGUAAUGGCAGGUAACGUGAAUCAACGUGCGCAUAAUAAUAAUUUAUAUACGAAUCUACAUCUAGAUAUUACGAAUAAAAUGUUGAAAAAAAAAAAAAAA